ACAAGCAUUUUAAUUGAGAAAAAAUUAUAAAUCGUAGUCGGCGUCAAUUGUGCGUGUGUUUUUGCUUUAAUUCACAAAACACUAGAUUUGUUUUCUUUUUUUUAUUUUCCGCCUCUUCUCUCCGCGAUGGCUUUUAUUAUUGUCGCGACGCACGCGUGUUAAACGUUUUUUUUUUUCGUUGUAUAUUUUGUGUGUUUAUUUUUUUUUAUUGCUUUGUUUGUUGUGUGUGUGGUUUGUGUGUCAUAUGUGGUCAUAGCAAAAGUGUUAAUUUUGUUUAUGUUUCUCAAUAUAAUUAUUAUUGCGGUUGACGCUGCUGCUGCUGCUGCUGCUGUGAUUCAAUGUUCUCCGCUGCCAAUGGGAAAAUCAAGUUGCCGCCACACGACACGGAUGCAGCCGCGUCGUCAACGCUGCGCUGCUUGCUCAAUGGACCCUUUCGUGAUCUGCAUUUCAAUGUGUCCGACCAUCGGUUAAUUCCAGUGCACGACGUCGUCUUCCUCGACGACAUCGAACGCAAUGUGAAGCCGCUCAUCUAUCGCCCUGUGCUGCCAGAGGCGCUGCUGUCGACGUCGACGCCAACGGCAACGUCGAGGCUCAAGUCAGCUGAGUCAGCUGUCAACAACAACAACAACAACUACAGCAGUGAUACGUGA